GGUAUAAGUUAAGUAUUCAUAAGUCUAGGAAAAUCGGACGACAGUUGUUGAUAUUACGUCGAAUAAUCCGAACUUAUAUUGGUCAGAUUUUAACAGAAAAAGAGAAUUUUAAGAAAAUUAUGAGCCCUGUAGAGAAUCAGAAUAUGACUCACUGGAUGCUUUAAUAAUAUAAAGGAGAAGACCUCAUCAUUACAACAUACGUAUCUGCAUAGGAUUAAAGAGAAGAAAUAUGAGAAAAGGUUAUGUAUCAAACAUAUCAUCCUUUAUCUUCUAUCGAAUUGGCUGUCAUAUUGGAAGACAUCCUCAAUGGUACAUCGCAUCCUUUAUCCUAUUAACAGGAAUUCUAGCAACUGGAAUGUUAAACUUAACUGUAGUAGAAGAUAUAGAAUAUCUGCUCACUCCAAUUAAUGCAAGAUCUCUCGUAGAGAGAAGAUCUAUCGAAACUCAGUUUCCACAGAAAUUAUCAAAUUACUAUUUUUCUAGAAUGCUGAAUAUUCGUGGAGUUAACUUUGUUUUGAUUCUACCAAAAAAUAAUAAAUCGAUGAUGGACGAAACUGUUAUCGAUGAUGUUCUAAAACUUGAUGAAAUUAUUCAAGAUAUCAGUAUUUUCUGGAACAGCUCUUUCAUUCGUUAUAAACAUUUGUGUGCUAAGAUGAUAAAUAAUAGAUGCUAUGAAAAUUCUGCAGUUACUUUAAAAGGAAAAAUUGAAAAAAUGAAAAAAGGAGAAUAUCUUGUCAAAUAUCCUAUUGAUUAUAAAAGAAUGAAAGUGACGGGUAAAGAAUUUGGAGAUGUCAAAGUUAAUAAAAAUAAUUACAUCGAAGAGUUUUCGGCAGUUUCUUUACACUACAUGCUGGAUUGUAGAACUGAAAAAAAUAAUAAAUUAUGUACAACUUGGGGAGAAAAGUUUAUAUCUACAUUAUUGAAAACCAAUUUAGAACAUAUAAAAAUUUAUAUAUUUUCUGACAAAGGAAUCGCGGAAGAAAUGAAUAAACAAACUAAAACAGUGACUAUGCUUUGCAUUAAAGCAGCUAUUCCUAUUUUAUUAAUGUUUGUAUUGAUAUCGAAUUUAUCUUCAAAUAUGAUAACCAGCAAGCCAUGGCUAGGUAUAGCUGGUAUUAUUUCAGUUGGGAUGUCUGUGAUAUCUGCUUUUGGACUAUUACGAUAUUUUGGAAUCGAAUUUGUAAAUUUAAAUAUGUCAGCUGCACUGUUAUUGCUUGGUGUUGGAGUCGAUGAUUCUUUCAUAUUAAUUAAUUCCUGGAGAAGAACAAAUCGUGACGAAUCUGUCGAGAAAAGAAUGGGCGAAGCAUUUGAAGAUGCAUCUGUUGCCAUCACAAUUAGUUCUUUAACCAAUUUUCUAUCGUUUUGCAUUGGUCUCACUGUACCUUAUCGUGCUAUCUACAUUUUCAGUCUUUACAGCGCGAUAUCAAUUUUAUUCGAUUAUUUCUACCAGAUAUUCUUUUUUGGAAGUCUCAUGGCUCUAGACGGAUACAGAGAGAAAGUUGGUCUCAGUGCUAUUUUCUGUUCUCCUACAAAGCCUUCUUCAUUAGAUAACAAAGAUAUUGAAAACGCAACUGACAUAAAAUAUGAAAAUAUGAUAAUCAAGUUUUUUCCAGAGACGUUAGCACCAUUCUUGCAUAAACGAAUAACAAAAAUAUCUGUAUUGUUUGUUUUUCUUAUGUACUUAGCUGGUGCUAUUUGCGGAAUGAAAUUUAUUACGACAGGAUUCGAUUUUAAUGUGAUAUAUUCGUAUGAUUCUUAUUUGAAAAAUACUGUUUCAGUUUAUAAGAACUAUUUUAAUAAAUAUCGAAAUACAGUUCAAGUUAUUGUUAAUACAACUUUGGAUUAUUCAGAUCUGGAAGUGCAAAAUGACAUCGAAGAUAUUUUGAAACGUUUCGAAUCAUGUCCAUUUAUGUCCAAUUUUUCAACUACACAAAGUUGGUUGAGAGAAUAUCUGUCGUUUAGUAAAAAUCCUGUAUUCAAUUAUCUUUUAGAAGAUUAUAAUUUAAAUAAUUCUUCACAAUUUCUUGAAGGAUUGAAAAAUGUGUUUUUGAAAAUAAAACCCGCGAAUAUAUUUGAAAAUGAUAUUAUUUUCAAUAAACAAGGCGAAAAGAUUAUUGCCUCUCGCUUCCUUCUCAUGUCCUACGAUGUUCCCGAUUACAUCUCAGAAUCAACGUUAAUGCGUAAUUUACGUAAUAUCGCAGAUAGUAGCAAAUAUCCAAUAUAUAUUUAUGGAACUCAAUUUCCUUUCUUAGAUAUUGAAAUAAAUAUAACUGAAAAUAUGUUAAAAAAUGUUGGAUUGACAUUAGUAGUAAUAUCUGUAGUUAUCUUUUUGUUUGUACCUAAUAUACUUUUUGUUGUCUGUAUUGUUUCUACUAUUGUUUCAGUAGUAAUAGGUGUAGUUGGUUAUAUGUCAUUGUGGAAUGUAAGCAUUAGUUGCUUAAGUAUGAUAUUAAUAAUAGUAGUCGUUGGGCUCUCUGUUGAUAGUGUGGCUCAUAUAGCAUACGCAUUUUUAUCUCCUAAUGAAAGUAAUUCUCUCGAUCGCAUGAAAAUUGCAUUUCAUAUAGCUGGAUAUCCAAUUUUACAAGGAUUUCUAUCCACAUUUCUUUGUAUUAUGCUUUUUUAUUUCGGUCCAUCGGAGAUGUUUUUUAUAAUGUUUAAAAUUCUGUUAAUAACAACGAUAAUUAUUUUAAUUCAUAGUUUGAUAUUUUUACCUUCAGCACUGAACUUUUUAGAUUUAAUACACAUUCCAUGGAAAUUCUCUCUGAAUUUGUAAUUUAUAUCGCAGUUAUAUUAUAUAUUUCAGAUAUUUACAUAUUAUAUUUACAAGAAUCUUGGAUUUUAAGUGCAACAAGUUAGAAAAUACGAAAAAAAAAAUUAUAAUUUAUCAAAGUUAUAUACCUAUAAUACCAUUGUUAAAAUUAGAAAAAAUGUAAACAUAAUACAUAGGUUGCUUUUAUUGAAUAAUUAACUAGAAUUAAAACGAAUAAAAAUUAUCCUUAAAAGUGUUAUGAAUUAUUUUAAUCGAAUAUCAUUCUUAAGUAAUCUUUUAUUAAUUGAAAGAAUUAUAUAGUAAAACGCUGGGCUUAGUAAUAGGACUAUUAAUGUAUUGUUAACAUGGGCGUAGCCAGAGUUUUGUUAUGGGGGGCCUAGUGGAGGCCA